AUGGCAGAAGGAACCGCACCAGCUGCUGAAGUACCGGUCUCUGACAAGGCGUUGCGAGAUGUGGCCAAGAAUGUGGCGAAAAUCUUGCCUAAUUUCGCGGAGAAAGAGCCUGCAACUGCUCUGAAAGAGCUUCGUGUUAUUCUCGAUCCUGCUUUGGAAACUGCAGACCUCCCAGAACUAGAGAACAGCCAUCGAGCAGCCGCAUCCAAUGCCUUGUGCGCAAUCAUUGAGUACUGCGCGACUUCCGACUGCGCCUAUGCACGGGAGGCGAUCCUAGAUGAUUCCAUAUGGAUGCGAGUAUUCAACAUAUAUCUUCAGCGGUCUGGAGAUGCAAAGGGCAAGUCGAUGAGGCAGAUGCUCUUGGUCCUUACGGGUGUCAUUACUAAAGAUCAGAGUGCGCGUGCAAUCGAACUUCGGACACGAGCUACGACCUCAUUCCUGGACAUCAUCUGUGAGCGAGAAGACCGCAUCAAAGUUAAACCAGCUUUGCAAGGCCUUGCGCAUUUCCUGCUGCGGGAUGUGAUUUCCAUCACGGAUUUGGUCAGUCUGUUCGACGAGCAGCUGAAGCGAACAUCAGAUGCCAUCCAGGGGCCGGUAACUUCGCGAACAGUGUUCACAUCCUUCCUUGCCUGGGUCGUGCAUCAUGAUACUUCCCUUUCAGCGGGACACUUGAUUAAGAACUACUUACUACAGGCUCGCCGUCUCGCAAACUACGACGAACACCCCGACGAUGGCUUAGUCUUACCUCCCUGGAUAGAGCCGGUGAUGCAGACGUUGCGCGACUGGCCAGACCGGAUCCAGGAGUUUAAGACUCACGUCUUCCCUCACUGUUUUCUACCCAAUCUCUCUGAGUACCUAAGGUUCCUCGCAUAUCUCAAUUUCGAGUCCCAUGUUCCGUAUAAGCAUGCGUUACCCAGCCAGCUUCGCCAGUCCGGCAGGCGCACAUCAUCUCUUGGUGGACUAGAAGAGUUCAGAAUACUCCUAGCAGCGAUCGCAACUGGAAAGGAACUCAACAUCGUAAAAGAUAAUGCUCAAAGCACCAUCCAAAUCCGUGACGGGGCGCUCUAUUUGCCGGACGACAUAUCAGGAGCCUGGAUGGCGGACUCGGAACCAGAAGUCAGGCUUGCAGGCAUGUUCCUGGGCGUGUAUUCUACUUCUGUCACGAAAGCUAUGAGUGGCGGUAUUUUGCAGGCCUUGAAGCGCAACCUCCCCCAUCUUCAUACCGACACGGAUGCAAAUUUCCGCCGGGAGGUGCAUGGUUAUACACAAAAGCUAUUUGAUCGUCUGAGAGCUAGUACAGCUACUCUAGCAAAACCCAUCACGAAGGUUACUUCUUCAGACCAGAGACGCCUCCCUUUCCCAGCGACAAGCUCUAGCCCACAUGUUUCAAUUGCGCGGGUUCCGCGACAAGAUUCACUUUCUGAGUCCCUAGCUUUCAUCACUUGGUAUGUGCAGUUCCUUGAAUGGGAGCUGCGCCCAACUGCCUCUUACCAGAGCCGCAUCACCGCACUACGGUCCAUCACCAUCGUAUUACGAUCUGGGAUAGAUCCUGGGGUACCGUUUACCAGUCUCUCAAAGUCUGCGCAAGGUCAGCUAAACUGGGCUCACGGUCUCCAGUUCGGAAACCAGAAGCUGUGCCGAAUACUGCUCGAUUUAAUACUGGAUCCUUUUGACGAUGUUCGAGACGCGGCUGUAUCGGUCUUGCAGCUAUGUCUAGUUGCGCUUCCGCAAUACGAUAAGAAACGCAUCAUGUCAAUGAUUCCCCGAUUCGUUACGAGAGCGGAGGCUACCAUGCUCCGAACAGGGCGAGCGGAUCAAGCGGACGGUGUUGCGCGUGCUUACGGGAUGAUCUUUGCGUUGGCUGGCGAUGAUCCAGGUGCCCCCACUGGCGAACACUUCUCUUCCAAGCAGCACCUCUUCGAAUAUCUGAGAACACAACUCGACGAAACGUUGACUCUGACCCGCAGCGAUCUUCCACGAGCCGUCGAUGGUCGACCGGUACAUGGUACAUUUGCUGCAUUACGAUAUGUGACCGAUCAACCCGAUUUUUACGCGUUCGUCUCGAGCUUGCCAUCUGAUCAGUUUGCGCACUGGAAAAAAGCGCAUGGGGACAUCGUAACAGGCAUAGAGAGUCUGUGGUCCUGCGUCUAUCACGUUCUGUGUGCGGAUGCACCGGAAGGCCAUGUUCCUGACGAAGUAGAAGAUGAGAGUAGCUUAGACACUAAAGAGAUUCUGAGUUACUCAUGGAGAGGAUUGAAGGAGGCUAGUGUGCUUUUACGAACGAUCAUCCUCAAAGCUCCUGUAGGUGACGGUGACAACGACCUUGUGACUCCAGAACUCUUCGAAAAGCUCGGCAGACUCUGCUUCACUCAGCUACUGGAGCUUCGUCAUCGCGAGAUGUGGUAUCAGGAAACGCUACGAUCCAUCCAAGCAAAGUCAGACGCCAUCACUCGGAGGUCGGCGGGCAUACCAGCAGCCAUGUCCGCUCUACUGGCAGCUGAGCCACAAACAGGAGGCAAACUCUUCCCUCGAGCUAUCAAAGAUCUUGUCGCCGAAACUCUCGUGGAGGCGCAAAGCACAAAUAUAGAAGAAAGCCGUCUUCCUCAGGUGCAUGCUCUGAAUUGCAUCAAGGAAAUAUUCACGACCUCGAAGCUGAGUAUUGCAUCGGAGACGUACAUCGGGCAGGGUCUCGAGCUUGCUGCUAAAACUCUAAGCUCGCCCAUAUGGCCCCUUCGCAAUUGCAGCUUGAUGCUGUUCAAAGCUCUGAUCGAACGACUACUCGGCAGCGACGAAGCUCAAGACUGGAAAGAACGAGAGCGAGCCAAAACGUCUCGGUUCUCCUACGACAACUAUCCCAGUCUCGUGAAGAUCCUGGUUGAACUGCUUGAGCCAAGCGGCGAUCUCAAAAUCAUGGAGACACCCGAGAGUGGCAGUUCGCCAAUGGAUCUCCAUGGUGCUGAAGGCGUGUUUCCCGCUCUCCAGAUCUUGCGUCAGGCCCGGCCGCCGGGAGAUCUUACCAAGAUCCGCGGCUUGCAUGGGAGGCUCUUGGUAGUCAAGUAUCUGCUGAGGAAGCUGUUGCGAGACGAAGUCCAAUGCAAUUUUAAACACUUCUCAUCGUUGAUGCAGCAGCUCGGCCAACACGCAACGAGUUGGUACAUUUCGAGUGAUUGCCCUUUUGUACGAGCCGCCUUCCUUGAUGUUGUGAGCCUAUGCGGCAUGGCCAUGCUGCAAAGAGCGACCGCUGUCACAAUACUUGGUGCGUGGAUUGACCUCACUACGUCCAUAGCCAUUGGACCGGAGUACAAUAUCGGACCAAGUGAUCACCACGGUGAUGAUCUACUCAGGACAUCCCUCGCACAGGUAUACUUCGUUGACCGGAUCAUUCUGCGUGAAAUUUCGCUUCACAGCAUGGUCUCGGACGAUUAUCAAAACAUUGGCGAUGCGCUCAUGCUUCUCGCAAACGAGGAUCCGGAUACCUGCAUGGAAGCUCUGGAAGCUCUGGACUCCAUAUUACAGAUGCAGACAUCCAACGGACUAACCAUUCCAUUGUCGCUGGUCCUAGCGCAUAUCCAUCGUGUAGUCCUGGAGGCCUGCGACCCAGAAGUCAUCUCGAAAGCGCAAGCCGUUCUCGCCGACGCUCUUACCAAGGACCAUUUGAAAAGCGACUUCUUCAGCCUGACGAUGCAAGAUCAAGUCAUGCUCACCUUGACAAGGUUGGAAACACAGUGCGUCCAUGGCCCACCAUCAAAUAUGCAAAGCGCCCUGCAUCUUCUAGGCUCAUUCCUCGACCAUGCUUACACCAGCUACUCACUCCACCGUGACGAGGUUCUCGCCCGUAUCGCACGCUACAUUCGCCUGCUACGCAUGACAACCAUCGAUACCAACCCCUUCGACACUCGCUAUGCAGCCAUACAAUCCCUGUCCGCGCUCAACUCCAUCUUCUCCCUGGCCCCCAAAGGAAAAACAGGACCUCUGAUCCUUGGGCUGGCCAUCGUUCUUUACGACCUCCUCAACGACGAUGACGACGAAAUACGCGAUCUAGCUGCCUCCACAGCAGGCAUCCUCCUACGCUCACAGGGCGACCGACUGUUCAAGAACACGGUACCGAUACUGACUACGCACCGUCUUGGGGCGUACCUGGUAUCUGCAUUCUCGACGUCACGAUUCCUCGCCAAGGAAGCAAUACGCCGUCUAACCAACACGCCCUCACCCCAUCGUCUCUUCUCCACGCCAUUCGCCAACACUUUUGCACGGGAGAGGAAGGAAGAUACGUCGCUUUUUGCGCAGGAGAAGCAGAAUUUGUACAAAGACGACACAUUGGACACUAUGCUGUGGUCGCGCAUUCUCCUCUCCCUGUCUGCCUCUGCUGUGCCGCUGAGCCUGCGCACUGGGCUGACCAACUGGGUACUCGACGGUCUCACCGCACUCACACAAACAGCCGAGGGAGAAGGUGACGGCGCGCUGGGCUGGAGUACCAAAGCUGAGGUGUUUACGCUCGGUAUGCGCAUCUUCUGUGCGAGUGAAGUGGUGAUGAGCUGGGGUGGUCAGGAAAGGGUAGAGGUGGUGAAGAGGGCGAAAGGGUUUGCCGAUGUGGGUAUUGAGAGAGGCGUUCAUGGCCUGUGGAUUGAGAGGGUCGAGAGGGUCUUGAACAAGGAAGUGGUGCGCAUGCUACGCAGGGUCAAGGGAGGACUGUUGGAGAUGGCAGGGUAA